UUGUUGUGCAUUAAAGAAUAUUUGCUUUUUUAAAAUUUAAUUUAAUAAUUAAAAUGAAACCGCAAUCAGUGGAAGUGACUUAUCCACAAAUGGAAACAAUUUGUCGUUUGUGUUUAAAGGAGAGCGAGGGCACAAUACCUAUAUUUCCCACAGCAAAAGAAGCCCAUAAACUAGCUGGAAAUAUAUCUAUAUCGAUGCGCAUAAUGGCUUGUGCUGCCUUGGAGAUACGAAAUUCUGACGAAUUACCUAAAAAAAUAUGUUCCCCAUGUCGCUAUCAGUUGGAAAAGUCAUAUUAUUUUCGCAAACGCAGCCAAGCAGCUGAUGUCAAAUUGCGCAAACAUAUACGCCUCUUGAAUAUGGGCAAGAUUAGUAAAGUGUUCAUUAAGGAUGAUGAUGAAUAUGAUGACGAUGAAGUUGAAUUUGAGGACUCUUUGAAAUUUAUAAAAAGAGAGGAGGAAGAAAUGGCUAAGUUGGAGGAACAAAAAUACGAAGAUUGGAAGCAAAAAAUGAAGCAGGAGCACGAAUUGGAACUGUGUAAAUUUAAAAAGCAAUUCAAAAAGCAAUGCAAGGACGAAUUGGAGAGAAAGAUAACACAUAAAUUGCAAAUCGAAUUCGAAAGUGCACGUGGCGAAUUGCAGCAAGAAUGUUUAAAAGAAGCUAGAGACCAAGUACGAGAGGAAGUCAUAAAGCAGUGUCGAGAAACGGAAGUGAAUUCUCUUCUAAACGAGUUGCAGUCCUUUCUAAAUAAAAGAAAGGAUCUAACAAAAGACCAAGAAUUUCAAGAAGACAUACAAGUCAGCAUAUGCGAGAUGGGAAAGCGAUCUAACCCCACACCUGUCUCAAAUGCACAUAAAAUUAGAUUGUCCGCUUUAAACAAAUGCAAUUCCCCGACUUUUGAAAUUCUGAAAGUCGAAACGGAAAAUAAUAUUGAAAAAGAAGAUUUAAUUAAAAACGAAACAUCGGAUUCGUCAACCGAGAUCAAUCAUAACAACGAACCAGUUAACCAUAGUAGUAGUAGAGAUGACACCGAAAGUGAAACUGAAUAUUUCAAUUAUGAUGAUCGUGAUGAACUAAUGGCUGGAGAUGAUCAACAUUGCAGUCCAGACGACGUAGCUGCGAUUAAAGAGAAUAGUCUCACAAAUCCAGACGAGGAUUAUCAAAAUUUGACAACGGAUGAUGAGCAAACGGACAAUAAUGAUGAUACUCAGCAUGCCACCACUUCGUAUCAAAUUGACGAUGACAAUGGAGAAAUAGUGUUUUUCAAAAAGUCUUCCGGCGUAACUACUUUAAUUAAAGCUAAUGAAGAUAAUGUUAUAACUAUUGACUUUCCGGAAGGAACAAAUGAAAAAAAUGUCACUCUUAUGGAUAUGGAUGAAUUAUGCCAUAAGAAAGAGAAUGCAGAAAUUAGAAAGGAUUCGACGACUAGCACCCCCAAGACAUCAAUUGCACGUAGAAACACUACGGGCUGUGCGUCUACGUUAACGACUACCUCGACAACAGUCCAUACAACUAUGUUAACGAAGACGUACAGUAAACCAUUAAGAUACUCCAUCACUAAUACGGCAAAAACAUUUAAAUGCGAAGACUGCCCAAUGGCAUUUUCAACGAAAACCUCAAUGGAAAGACAUGCUCAAGUGCACAAGAAAACAGUGCUAACUGGCAUUAGCUAUCAGUGUCCUGAUUGUCAAAUAGUAUUGUCGUGUAGUAGUGCGUUAAAACGUCAUAUGGUUGCACACUCGGCACACAAGCCCUUCAAAUGUGGCGAAUGCGGAAAAUCGUUUAGUCAAAAAGAAAUAUUGAAACGUCAUCAAUUUACGCAUACUGAUCUUAAACCACAUCCGUGUCCGCACUGUGAGAAAUCGUUUUCACAACGACUCUAUUUAACGCAACACGUUAAUCGCCAUCAUCUUGAACAGCCGCGUGUUCAGCAAUACUGUUGUCAUCUAUGUCCAAAACGUUUUAUACACGCGUCGGGCUUAAGUCGACAUUUAGCUACUCACAACGGUGUAGCUUUUCAGUGCUCCAAGUGUAAUCGUACAUUUGGCGACCGUUCUUCGGUUAGACGGCAUAUAAUCAAAAUACAUAAUGAUACAACUAUUAAAGCCAGUCCUUCAACAUCAAAUUAAAUCAAAAAGAGAGAGAGGGAGAGAAAGAGAGAGUACCUUUCGUUUAUUAUCAUUCUAUAUAAAUCGGUAAGUUAUUAUUAAUGUACUAAAUGUGAAUUGUUUAUUAUAUAGAAUUAUAUAAUUUUCAACAAAUUUGUUUUUCAAGAUUUUCUUUUACAUAAUAAUAAUUUAAUUUGCAAAUUUUUAUGCAUUGCAUUCGUUAAUGCAGAUUCAUUACAUAAUUUCUCUUAAGGGUCAUUUCAUAUGAAUAGAAUAAUUAAUAUACAUCAACAAGCAAGGCGUACAUAGUUUUAUAGAGUUUAGUUUUAGUUUCGACGACAAAUUUAUUACCAACUAUUUAAUUGAACAAGUUCUUCUCUUUCUUUCUAUUGAGAAUACUUUUUUCUUUCAGACACGAAAAUUACUUGAGAAACAAUAAACAAAAUA